AUGGCUCUUAUAAUUACAACUGAGAACUCAUGCAAUAAACUCGAUGAAUGGAUAAUUGAAUCUGGUUGCUCGAACCACAUGAAAAGAGACAAGAAAGAACCCAUUCUUAACAUUGCUCAUAUUGGUGAGGUCAGCUUCUCAUCAAGCAACAACAAGAAAGAACCCAUUCUUAAGGGUGUUUAUCAUGUACCCAGCAGAAAAUUGGAAGACCCAACUAUGUACAUAAAGAUAGUUGGCAACCUUAUAUAUCUCACCCUAAUAAGGCCCGAUAUUGCCUUUAUUGUUGGUGUUUUGAGUAGGUACAUGCAGACUCCAAGAAAGCCACAACUUGAUGCAAUUCGAAGAGUGAUAAGAUAUGUGAAAACUACUCUUAGCUAUGGGGUUUUUUUCAAGAGGGAUUCUGAAUGCAAGUUACCUAGGUAUUGUGAUGCCGAAUAUGAAGGAGAUGUUAAUACUCAAUGA